ACAGGAGAUGAAACAAUUGGAAGGAACAAGGUUUUCUUUUGAAUUCAUCAAAUUAUUGGUGUUUGUUGACGAAAGACAAAAGGAAUCAGUGAUUGUCUGAAUCAUGUCAACAGUCAAAUCAACUCUUAAAUUAGAAACCGGUUCCUUCAGUGAAUAUAAAAUUUAUCCUGGAAGAGGAAUACGACAUAUAAGCCGAGAUGGAAAAUCUUAUUUUUUUAUUAAUUCGAAAUGUAAAUCACUUUAUCAUCAACGCGUGAAACCUGCUCGAUUGACAUGGACUCAGUCGUGGCGUCGUGCUAAUAAAAAGCUUUCUUCUUCACAAACGACUACAAGGCGACGCACUCGUCGUACUCAUAAAAUUCAAAAAGCUAUUGUUGGCUUAUCUUUGGAUGAUUUAGCUAAAAAGCGUAGCACCGCCAAAAAAAUGACAUCUACAGUGAAACCGGUUGUUUCAAAAGAGGAUAAAGCUCGAACUAUCAAAGCAGAAAAAAGUAAUGUAAAGAAAACAGGUUUUUCCGCAACAAAGGGUCAUAUGGAUAAGUUAUCCUUUGCUAAAAAUGCACCCCGCUUAGGAAAACAAGUCGCUUCAUCAAGACGCUAAGUAACAUUUACAUGAAUUGUUCUUUAAUUCAUAACAAGUCUUUACCAACGUGAACAUUUUUCGUUGAACGUACAGUACUGCUAACGAAACAUGAAAACAUUGAUUCCUUCGUAAUAAAA